GACUUUCUCCCUCACCUUGGCCACCCAGGUCCCUAGGAUCUCCUUGGCUUCUCUCCACACGUACUUGUUUCUUUCCCUGGCCCUAGCAGGAGCUGAUGGUGCUUGGGACCCGCCUGAGAUUUCCUCCCCCUGCCGUUCUGGGGGCUGGUGAGAUUCAGGCAACUCCCUUUCCCUGCUCCCCGCAGCCCCACGCUGGGGGCCUGAAGCCUUUCUUGAGCACAGACAGGAGUCUAGUGAGACCCUGGGCCAAUGUGGGUAUCGUUGGAUGGGAGGGUCCUGUUACCUUUUCUAGGUUGCAGAUUAGCAUUUUAAAGCCACCUUGGCCCCAGUGAAACGCUUGCCAACCUGUCCCAAGUGUCUGGACAUUAACAGCUUCAUGUGCAUGUAGCCAGCACUCGGUGCACGUGGCUGUUACAUGGACAAGCUGGGCAGGUAGUGUUUUCAACAGGGAAGGUAUCUUCCCCAAGGGAUUUAGUACCUGCUCUGAAAUUCCCACUGGAGCUUGUGUUACAGCAGGAGGAAAGAAAGGCACUACUGCAAACUCUCUACCACUUUGAGGGUGGCAACAGACCACAACACUGACAACACAACGGCUGUGCUACGAGAAUGGCUGAUAAAUGUGCAGACUUUGUAUCACUCUGUGGAGUGGAGGCCGAUGGAGGAGCCCAGGUGAGAUCCUGCCUCAGAGACUGUUACCAGCACCUGCCUAAACUUGGGAAGAGAGACAGCUGCACAGGUUUAUUGAUUUCCUCAGUAAAAGGGUCCUAUCCAGAUGAGGAAGGCCCGAAGCACUGGUCAAAUUCUCGCUAUGAGCAUGUGAUGAAGCUCAGACAAGCAGCCUUGAAAUCUGCUAGGGACAUGUGGGCUGACUACAUCUUGUUUGUGGAUGCAGAUAAUCUCCUGACAAACCCAGACACCCUGGGCCUGCUGAUGGCAGAGAACAAGACCGUAGUGGCGCCCAUGUUGGACUCUCGUGCUGCCUAUUCUAACUUCUGGUGUGGAAUGACUUCGCAGGGUUAUUACAAACGCACUCCUGCCUACAUUCCCAUUCGAAAACGAGAUCGCCGUGGCUGCUUUGCUGUCCCCAUGGUACACUCCACUUUCCUGAUUGACCUGCGGAAAGAGGCCUCCCGGGACCUUGCCUUCUACCCACCACACCCAGAUUACACCUGGUCUUUUGAUGACAUCAUUGUCUUUGCAUUUGCCUGCAAGCAGGCAGAGGUCCAGAUGUUUGUAUGCAACAAAGAGGUUUAUGGCUUCCUGCCGGUGCCACUGAGAGCCCACAGCACCAUGCGGGAUGAGGUGGAAAGCUUCAUGCACGUGCAGCUGGAGAUAAUGGUGAAGAACCCUCCAGUGGAACCUUCAGAAUACCUGUCCAUCCUGCCCAAGGUCCCUGACAAGAUGGGCUUUGAUGAGGUUUUCAUGAUUAACUUAAAGCACAGGGCAGAUCGACGAGAGCGAAUGCUGCGGACGCUGUAUGAGCAGCAGAUCGACUGCAAAAUCAUUGAGGCUGUGGAUGGAAAAGCCAUGAACAGUAGUGAGGUGGAAGCUAUGGGGAUUCAGAUGCUGCCAGGAUAUAAGGAUCCAUACCAUGGCCGUCCACUCACCAAAGGGGAGCUGGGUUGCUUCCUCAGUCACUAUAAGAUCUGGAAGGAGAUUGUGGAGAGAGGGCUGGAGAAAUCAGUCGUGUUCGAGGAUGACCUGCGGUUUGAAAUAUUCUUUAAACGACGGCUGAUGAAUCUGAUGUAUGACCUGGAAGAAGAGGGUCUGGAUUGGGACUUGAUUUACAUUGGGAGGAAGCGAAUGCAGGUGGAUCACCCAGAGAAGUCUGUGCCUCACGUGCGGAACCUGGUGGAGGCAGAUUAUUCCUACUGGACUCUAGCCUAUGUGAUUUCACUGCAGGGUGCCCAGAAGCUGCUGGCAGCUGAGCCGCUCUCCAAGAUGUUACCUGUGGAUGAAUUUCUUCCUGUCAUGUUUGACAAACACCCUGUCUCUGAAUACAUGGAACAUUUUGAAAACCGGAAUUUGCUGGCCUUUUCAGUGGAACCACUGCUGGUUUACCCAACACAUUACACCGGUGAUGAUGGUUACAUCAGCGACACUGAGACCUCUGUGGUUUGGAAUAAUGAGAGAGUAAAAACUGACUGGGACCGUGCCAAAUCUCAGAAAAUGAAAGAACAGCAGGAGCUCAGCAAGGAGGCCAAGAACUCUGAUGUGCUCCAAUCACCUCUUGACAGUACAGCCCGGGAUGAGCUAUGACCAGAGCAGGCCCCUUCUAGGAAAUGGAUGAAGGGACUGACCGUGAUAAGGAAGGGUGUGUGUUGGAGCCGGGAUAGAAAGCAGGGAAACAGUUAUAGCAGCAUCCAUCCAUGGGGAUUAUUGGAGCUUCGGUGUGUCCAAGAAUAUAAUGAUAAAGUCACUUAGAUGACAAAGCCAAUGAGGGUCAUGGCUGAAGCCCUUCUGACCUCUGCUAUUGCAGGACUCUCAGAGAGAAUGCUGGAGAAAGUCAGGUUUGCUUUGUCCAUCAAUUCAGCCACUGCGCUGUGGUUCAGCACAGAUCUUUACGCAGUUGCUCGUUGUAGUGGAGAAGUUUUAUUCUUUGGUUUAGGAUAUUGGUGCUUGAUAGGACAUUGGUCUUCCCGCCUCUGUUGCCAUAUGUGUAUCUCAUGACCAGGGAUCCUAGUUUUCUCUGAUUUUUUUAAAAAACAAAACAAAAUUCUCCAAUUAAAGAACCAUAAUUGUGGGGGGGGGGACAUGGAUUUUUAAAAUGAAACACUGAACGUUAGUUUCCUCAGCCACAAUAUCUAUAGAUAUCAGUUGAACACAAUGGUUUAUUGAUAUAUUUACAGUUGUAAAAUGCUGGAAUGAUCCAGUCACAGUGCACCAUUUCUUUACUGAUGUCGAGGGCCCUGCUGUUUCAGCCUCUUUCAUUUCUUUUCAGUCAGUUUAGCUCUUUCCAUGUGUUCUGCGAUUGUCUGCCUUCAAAUGUCAUCUACAGCCUUGCUGCAUACAGUACAGAACAGCAGUUUACCAUCAACAUUAAAUUUGUCCUUACCAAACUCA